GACGUCAGCGCGUCCACUCUCCAGGGCACGUGGGCCGUCUCCAUGGGAACGAGAUGCUUUGGGGAAACUUCAGCGGAUGAGAAAAUCUAAAAACCAAGAGGGGGAUCGGCGUCUCGGAGGGCUCCAUCUGAGCAACUGUGACUCCAAAAGCUUUUCAGAUUAGCAAGCGUGCCUUUAAAUAUGAAACCAAUCUACAUACCAACUGAUUCAUCCUACACGGCUGAUACUGGCUCACGGUGCUCAACUGCUAGACCCGCCAGUGUUCUGUCUGUCCCCUCGAAGUUGGAUGAGAAUAUUUCAAGCCGCAGUGGAGAAUCUUAUGCAGGAAUCAAGAAGUUCUCUCGGUAUUCUGAUCCAGAUUCCCCUCCAGCUGAGAAAUUAGCCAAAGCUCAAAUAAUGGCCGAGCAUUUCAUGAAGGAGAAUAAGGGCCGUAAAGCAAACUGUGAACUGAUUCAGUGUGUGGCCUUAAGUCGAAUAGUCUACGGGGACGGACACUGGAGACUCGCCCAGGCAUUUGCCAACCUUGCUUACAGUUAUCUGACCCUCAGAGCAUUGCCAGCCCAGGCCAGAGCGCAUGCUGAGUCCGCUAAAAAUAUCCUGCUCCGAGGGGUCGACAUGUCGAAGUCUGCAGAAGAAAAAAGAGAAAUCAUGGGAACCCUUGUGACUAUCUACUACACCCUGGGCAUGGCACACGUCAUGCAGAAUAAUGGAAAGGAGUCGUACCUCAGCCUGCAGAAGGUGGAGAAGAUUAUCGAUGAACUGGAGGAUAUACAGGAGCGGAAAGCAAUUACAUUAAAAGUAUCCGAGAAAGACAUUUCACUGGCUCUGGGGCAGGCCUGCCUGCUGCAAAAUAAACCAAGUUCUGCCAUUAACUAUUUUGAACAAGCUGCGGAUUUCAUCAUCUCCUCCAAAGGGGACAGCGCCUCAGAACUGAUCGGUCUGUAUCAGGAUAUGGCCAGGGCCGAGUUUAUGAGGAAGAAACCAAACGGUGCCAUUGAGCACCUGCUGCAGGCACAUUCAAUUUCUCAAGCCAACUAUAGAAGUAACAGCACGGAGGCGGCACAGAGCGGGUUGCAGUUGGCUAAAGCUUAUGCUGCGUCUGAUUAUCACGAGGCAGCUCACAGGUACUUCACAGAGAGUCUCAGCGCUUACCAAUCAGUGGCAGGUCCUGAUGACCCCCGGACAUUGAGUGCCUGUGUGGAAUUCAGCAAAUGGCUUGUUCAGAUCGGGAAGAAACAGGAAGCGUACAAGCUGCUACAAGGGGCCGUCGGGACGGACACUGAAUUUAAUGAAGAGCUGGCUGAGAUUCUAAGUAUAAUGGGAAGCAUAUGCUUAGCAGAUGGGAAGAUACAAAAGGGCUACAAACUGCUGAAAAGGGUAAUUUCUUGUGUGAGGAGUCUGAUCAAUUCUUUGUACUGGCAGCAGCAGCACAGUGCCUGGACAUUCAGGCUGCAGUGUAUGGAUCCCAGCACAGUAAAACCAAAGGAACACAACAUCUCCUCACCACGUUGAAGAGGUCUGGAGUGGUUGGAGACUGAGAAAAGCAAGGAAUGCUCCUACUGGGAAUAAUGUGGGAUCAUCUGUCUAGGUCUGUGGCAAAAAGAAAGGCAACAAAUAGCCAGGGAAUCCAGUCAGUGCAAAUAUCAGUUUAGUCUUUUCUACGCCUGAGCCCCAGCUCUACCUUUUACACUAGAUUGUGACAGUGUGUCCAUACAAGUAUACAUGUGUUGAGAUUUUGUAUUUAUUUCACUAUAAAAACAGAACUGUGUAUUUUUUGGCCAA